CACAUUUUCCCGCCAAAAGCCUCCCUUACCUCUCAUUAUUUGGCGCCAAACCCUUCUUUCCCUCCCAUCUACUCAAAUCGCUACCACUGCCGCUGCCCUCUCUGUCCGUCUGUCUCAUUUCCGUGCGUUCUCUGCCGUAGAACCAUGAAACCCGUCCGCUUCGAAGAAGAGAGAAAUCUCGCCAAGGAUUUCCUUUCAAAUUUCGCCGACGCAAAUGGCGAAUCUAAAUACAUGAACAUUCUUCAAGAUGUUGCAAAUCAUAAGUUCCGCGCUGUCCAGAUCGAUCUCGAAGACCUCAUUAAUUAUAAGGACUUGGAUGAGGAAUUCCUUAGACGUGUUACUGAGAACACACGUCGAUAUGUUGGGAUUUUUGCUGAUGCUAUCGACGAGGUGUUGCCAAAGCCGACUGAAGCAUUUCCGGAUGAUGACCAUGAUAUUUUAAUGACACAGAGGUCUGAGGAUGCAACUGAGAAUGUUGAAGGUUCUGAUGCGAAUCAGAAGAUGCCUUCAGAGAUCAAGCGUUACUUUGAAGUUUAUAUUAGAGCACCUUCAAAAGGGCGGCCAUUUACCAUUAGAGAGGUCAAGGCUUCAAACAUUGGCCAGCUCGUGAAGAUAUCUGGUAUUGUGACGCGUUGUUCAGAUGUUAAACCACUGAUGCAGGUAGCUGUGUAUACAUGUGAAGAAUGUGGUUUUGAAAUUUACCAGGAAGUAACCGCUCGAGUCUUCAUGCCCUUGUUUGAGUGCCCAACUAAGCGCUGCAAAACAAACAACACAAAGGGGAACCUCAUUCUUCAACUCAGAGCAUCAAAGUUUCUGAAGUUUCAGGAGGCCAAAAUUCAAGAGCUAGCAGAACAUGUUCCAAAAGGCCAUAUUCCACGAUCGAUGACUGUUCAUUUCAGAGGAGAACUCACAAGAAAGGUAGCACCAGGUGAUGUCGUUGAAUUAUCAGGGAUCUUCCUUCCAAUUCCUUACACUGGUUUCAGAGCAAUGCGUGCUGGCUUAGUUGCCGACACAUUUUUGGAGGCCAUGUCUGUUACUCAUUUCAAGAAAAAAUAUGAAGAGUAUGAACUUAGAGGAGACGAGGAAAAGCAGAUUGCAAGUCUGGCUGAGGAUGGAGAUAUCUACAAUAAGUUGGCACAAUCAUUGGCACCUGAAAUCUAUGGACAUGAAGAUAUUAAAAAGGCUUUACUUCUUCUUCUCGUGGGUGCUCCUCAUCGAAAGUUAAAGGAUGGGAUGAAGAUUAGAGGAGAUUUACAUUUAUGCUUGAUGGGUGAUCCUGGUGUUGCCAAAAGUCAGCUUCUGAAGCAUAUAAUAAAUGUAGCACCCAGGGGCGUGUACACAACUGGCAAAGGGAGCAGUGGAGUUGGUCUAACUGCUGCUGUUCAGAAAGAUCCAGUUACAAACGAGAUGGUCCUGGAAGGAGGAGCAUUGGUUCUGGCUGAUAUGGGUAUAUGUGCUAUUGACGAGUUUGACAAGAUGGAUGAAUCAGAUCGUACAGCAAUUCAUGAAGUUAUGGAGCAGCAAACUGUCAGCAUUGCCAAGGCUGGGAUUACAACAUCACUCAAUGCGAGAACUGCUGUUCUUGCUGCUGCUAAUCCUGCCUGGGGAAGAUAUGAUCUACGGAGAACUCCAGCUGAAAAUAUCAAUCUACCUCCUGCUCUCCUAUCACGAUUUGAUCUUCUGUGGUUGAUCCUUGAUCGAGCAGAUAUGGACAGCGACCUUGAAAUGGCUAGGCACAUUGUUUACGUGCACCAGAAUAAAGAAUCUCCUGCUCUUGGUUUCACUCCACUUGAACCAUCUAUUCUCCGGGCAUAUAUUUCUACUGCAAGAAGAUUGUCCCCUUAUGUGCCUAAGGAACUGGAGGAAUACAUUGCUACUGCAUACUCAGGCAUGCGGCAAGAAGAAGCUAAAUCGAAUACUCCUCAUUCCUACACGACUGUCCGAACUCUGCUUAGCAUACUCCGCAUAUCAGCUGCCUUAGCAAGACUUAGAUUUUCUGAAAGUGUGGCUCAGAGUGAUGUGGAUGAGGCACUGAGGUUAAUGCAGAUGUCAAAAUUCUCUUUAUAUUCUGAUGAUCGUCAGAGAUCUGGUCUGGAUGCCAUCUCUGACAUCUAUUCAAUCUUGCGGGAUGAAGCUGCAAGAGCCAAUAAAAUGGAUGUGAGCUAUGCCCAUGCACUCAACUGGAUUUCUAGAAAGGGAUACAGUGAAGCGCAGUUGAAAGAAUGUUUAGAGGAAUAUGCAUCCUUGAAUGUCUGGCAGAUACAUCCCCACACCUUUGAUAUUCGAUUUAUCGAUGCCUGAUGUGGGUUGCUCUUAAUUAUUGUGUUGUAGUCAUAUCUUGCUGAGCUUGUCAUUGAGCCAACUUCCACAUUUAGCUGGAUUGUGAAGGCUGUUUUUAGUGUUGUAGACUCUGCUUUUCAGCUAUCAGAGUUUGAAAGGUUUAAGAUGGAUAGUGUAUCUGAACAAUUCUGCUUCUAACUUGACUAUAGGAUUGCAAAUUGUUUUC